CCUGAGCGCGGGAGCGGCGCCAGGGCCCCGCCUCGGCUGGCGGCGGGCAGCGGCGCGGCGGGGCUCGGUUCGGCUCGGCUCGUCUCGGCGGGGCUCGGCUCCUGAGGGGAGGUUGGCGGUGCGGCCGGCGCCGCCAAUGAAGGCAGCGGCGGGCGGCGGCGGGGCCGCGGCCGGGUGAGGCGGCGGUGGUGGUGCGGUGCGCGGAGCGGGCGUCCCGGCGGAGCCCGCGCCCUCCCCCAAGAUGACAUCGCAGGGCAGGUUCAAGAAGGACAAAGAGAUCAUCGCCGACUACGAGGCGCAGGUCAAAGAAAUCCGAACCCAGCUUGUCGAGCAGUUCAAAUGUCUGGAGCAGCAGUCGGAGUCGCGCCUGCAGCUGCUGCAGGACCUGCAGGAGUUCUUCCGCAGGAAGGCCGAGAUCGAGCUGGAGUACUCCAGGAGCCUGGAGAAACUGGCUGAGCGCUUCUCCUCCAAGAUACGCAGCUCCAGAGAGCACCAGUUCAAGAAAGAUCAGCACCUCCUUUCCCCUGUGAACUGCUGGUACCUGGUUCUGACGCAGACCCGGCGGGAGAGCAGAGAUCACGCCACCCUGAAUGACAUCUUCAUGAACAAUGUCAUCGUCCGGCUGUCGCAGAUCAGUGAGGAUGUCAUCAGGCUCUUUAAAAAGAGUAAGGAGAUUGGUUUACAGAUGCAUGAAGAACUCCUGAAAGUCACCAAUGAGCUUUACACGGUGAUGAAGACCUACCACAUGUACCACGCAGAAAGCAUCAGCGCUGAGAGCAAGCUGAAGGAGGCGGAGAAGCAGGAGGAAAAGCAGUUCAACAAGUCAGGGGACAUCAGCGUGAACCUGCUGCGGCACGAGGACAGGCCCCAGCGGCGGAGCUCUGUCAAGAAGAUUGAGAAGAUGAAGGAGAAGAGACAAGCCAAAUAUUCUGAAAACAAGCUGAAGUGUACUAAAGCCAGGAACGACUACCUGCUGAACCUGGCAGCCACCAACGCGGCUGUCAGUAAAUACUACAUCCACGACGUCUCGGACCUCAUCGAUUGCUGUGAUCUGGGAUUCCAUGCCAGCCUCGCUCGGACCUUCAGGACAUACCUGUCUGCCGAGUACAACCUGGAAACCUCCCGCCACGAGGGCCUGGACAUCAUCGAGAAUGCUGUGGACAACCUGGAUGCACGGAGCGACAAACACACCAUCAUGGACAUGUGCAACCAGGUCUUCUGCCCUCCGCUGAAGUUCGAGUUCCAGCCUCACAUGGGGGAUGAGGUGUGUCAAGUCAGUGCCCAGCAGCCUGUGCAGACUGAGUUGCUGAUGCGGUACCACCAGCUGCAGUCGCGACUGGCCACCCUCAAGAUAGAGAAUGAAGAGGUACGAAAAACUCUGGAUGCCACAAUGCAGACUUUGCAGGACAUGCUGACAGUGGAAGAUUUUGAUGUUUCAGACGCCUUCCAGCAUAGUCGCUCCACUGAGUCGGUCAAAUCAGCUGCAUCAGAGACCUACAUGAGUAAGAUAAACAUCGCCAAGAGGAGAGCCAACCAGCAGGAAACUGAAAUGUUCUAUUUUACAAAAUUUAAAGAGUAUUUGAAUGGCAGUAACCUUAUCACGAAGCUCCAGGCUAAACAUGACCUGCUGAAGCAGACUCUUGGAGAAGGUGAAAGAGCCGAAUGCGGAACAACCAGGCCCCCAUGUCUUCCCCCUAAGCCACAGAAAAUGAGGAGACCUAGGCCUCUCUCAGUCUAUAAUCAUAAACUCUUUAACGGCAAUAUGGAAACGUUCAUUAAGGAUUCAGGACAGGCUAUUCCGCUUGUAGUAGAAAGCUGCAUUCGCUACAUCAAUUUGUACGGCCUUCAGCAGCAGGGCAUUUUCCGAGUCCCUGGCUCCCAGGUGGAAGUCAACGACAUCAAGAAUUCGUUUGAGAGAGGUGAAGAUCCCCUUGCUGAUGAUCAAAAUGAACGUGACAUUAAUUCAGUGGCUGGAGUCUUGAAGCUGUAUUUCCGUGGACUGGAAAACCCCCUCUUUCCUAAGGAAAGGUUUCAAGAUUUGAUAUCUACUAUAAAAAUCGAGAACCCCACCGAGAGAGUGCACCAGAUCCAGCAAAUCAUCGUCACUCUGCCUCGGGCUGUCAUCGUGGUCAUGAGAUAUCUUUUUGCUUUCCUUAAUCACUUGUCGCAGUACAGCGAUGAGAACAUGAUGGAUCCCUACAACCUGGCCAUCUGCUUCGGGCCCACUCUGAUGCACAUUCCAGAUGGGCAGGAUCCGGUGUCCUGCCAAGCCCAUGUCAAUGAGGUCAUCAAAACCAUCAUCAUUAACCACGAGGGCAUCUUCCCCAGCCACAGAGAGCUGGAAGGACCCGUCUACGAGAAGUGCAUGACGGGAGGGGAGGAGUACUGUGACAGCCCGCACAGCGAGCCAGGCACCAUUGAUGAAGUUGACCAUGACAACGGCACGGAGCCACACACCAGCGACGAAGAAGUGGAACAGAUUGAAGCCAUAGCAAAGUUUGACUACAUCGGACGGUCUCCACGGGAGCUCUCCUUUAAGAAGGGGGCCUCGCUGCUCCUGUACCAUCGAGCAUCAGAAGACUGGUGGGAAGGGAGACAUAAUGGUGUGGAUGGCCUCAUACCCCACCAGUACAUUGUGGUGCAAGACAUGGAUGAUGCGUUCUCCGACAGCCUGAGCCAGAAGGCGGACAGCGAGGCAAGCAGUGGACCGCUGCUGGACGAUAAGGCCUCCUCCAAGAACGACAUCCAGUCCCCGACGGAUCAUAUUGUGGACUAUGGCUUUGGGGGAGUAAUGGGCCGAGUGAGAUUGAGGUCUGACGGUGCAGCUAUCCCUCGCCGUCGAAGCGGGGGGGACACCCACAGCCCGCCCCGAGGGAUGGGUCCUGGCAUAGACACUCCUCCUCGAGCAGCGGCCUGCCCUAGCAGCCCCCACAAAAUACCUCUUAACAGGGGCAGGAUUGAGAGUCCCGAAAAGCGCAGAAUGGCGACAUUCGGCAGUGCAGGCAGCAUCAAUUUCCCAGACAGGAAGGCCUUGUCUGAUGGCCACCCGCUGAGAUCGACCUGUGGAUCGACUAGACACAGUAGUCUCGGAGAUCAGAAAUCUCUAGAAGCAGAAGCGCUUGCUGAGGACAUCGAGAAGACCAUGAGCACAGCGCUGAACGAGCUGCGGGAGCUGGAGAGGCAGAACACAGCUAAGCAGGCCCCCGACGUGGUCCUGGACACGCUGGAGCCCAUGAAGAACCCCCCGAUGGGCGCUGCCAACUCAGAGCCCGCCAGCCCCCUCCACACCAUCCUGAUCCGGGACCCCGACGCUGCCAUGCGGCGCAGCAGCAGCUCCACCACCGAGAUGAUGACCACCUUCAAGCCGGCCCUCUCGGCCCGGCUGGCCGGGGCUCAGCUGCGGCCCCCUCCCAUGCGGCCGGUGCGGCCGGUGGUGCAGCACCGCUCCAGCAGCAGCAGCAGCUCGGGGGUGGGCAGCCCUGCCGUCACCCCCACCGAGAAGCUCUUCCCCAGCAGCUCGGCGGAUAAAUCAGGCACCAUGUAGGCUGGGGCGCCUGGGUGGCGGGAGCGGGGCCAGCAGCUCGGCACAGCCUCGCUCGGCCAAGUGGGAAGCCAAAACCCUGCUCAAGAGGAAGCUCUCCAAACGGGGAACACGUGCGUAGCCGAGGCCUGAUGGUUGCUUGUACAUACGUGUGUGUGUGUGUGUGUAUGUACAUACGUGUGCACACACACCCCCAUCCAUGCAGAAACACUCCCCAAGCUUGCAGUCCUGUGGCAGGAGGAGACGGCGGGUCUAUGUGUUGGCACUGGAGAAUACACGCUAUAUGUAGAAGUAUAUAUUAAAAAACAAAAAAGUGUACAGAAUUCGGUGACUUUUUUAAAAAAGUAGAUUUACCUCAGAAACUGGCUCUGAAAUGUCCUCUCUAGAGACGUUGGGUUGAUUUGGGUUUUUUUCCAGGCUAUUUGUGUGCGUGUGUGUGCGUGGAGGUACGUAGCAGCUGUGCGUCGAGCAAUACAAGGCCAAUCCUGGAGUUUAUUUUCUGCACCUCUUGGCAUUUGAAAAAAAAAAAAAAAAAAAAAGGGAGCAGGAGGAAGAUACAGUGGGUUUGGUUCACUGCUGGCCAACAGAGAAGAGCUGGAAGUUCGUAACUGCCAGCGUGUGCCAGGCCGGCUGGAGUGUCUGUGCAGGCUGGACCCCAAGACGCCCCGGCCAGCGUCUCCCGGUGGGAGCCGGGACAGAAGAGGAGGCAGCUCCAUCGGCUCCUGGGGAGGAUGUGGCUGCUGCAGCGGAGCACAGCCCUGCCUGCGCCGUGGGGGUCUGCAGAACUCGCAUUUGCUUGAAGAUUUCAGAGUGAACAAGGACUAACAACAAACCUGUGGUAACGCAUAAAUAGAGUAUCUUACACAGUUUCGAGAUGCUUCAUUUCCCUUUCCCCACACACUUUUUUUUUUUUUUUUAUUUUAAAAAAGCCCUAAUGGUGUAUCGACCGCUGAGACUAAAGAGGCGAGGAGGCUUUGGUACAACAACGUUCCUUUAUUUGAAGUUGCACAGCAGUACAUGAGGGUCUUGAUUCAGAUUGUGUCGUCUUGCAUGAAAAGCAUGAGCCAUAUUUGACCAUAUCAGAUGCGGAACCGAUCUGAUGGGAUGAUAUUUUGCACUUUCUGUACUGUACUAUAUAAUACAACAGUUUGAGUUUAUGCAAAAGAAUCUACAUUUUGUUUUUCCUCUGAACAUGUAACCCAGAGAAAAAAAUAUGCAGAAAGAGCUGGGGAUUGCACGGUACUUUGUCUGAUAAUCAAGUCUCUUCUGUAAGUGCUGAAUUCAAGACACUCUGUGCUUCUCCUGCAGUUUUUUUUCCUCUUGUACAGAUUUCCAAGCAAUGACCCGUGGUUUAAUCUGGUCACUUCCACAUGAUCACGUCCAAGCCCAGCGUGAAACGGGCCAUCGUCAGUCUCUCAGCUGCACAGCAGAGCCGCACUAAUGGCUCCUAAAUGGUCGUCCUUUCUUCCCUCCAUCUUCCAUUUCUGCUGUUGUCUGUCCCUGGGCAAAGCAGCUCCCGAGCCCUCCUGCCCCAUCCAGCGUCACCUGCCCCUGCCCAGGGCUUUUGCUUUUUUUUUGUCCCCCGUUCAUCUCCUCUCCCCUCCAGCUCGGCUGCAGACCCCAGCGCGUGCGGCCGGAGGAGCAGCCCCGCGGCAGGAGGCGGCGGAGGCUCUGCCGGGUGGCUGAGCCCACCAGUGCUGCCGCUGCUGGCGCCCGGGCUGGGGCCCUCACCCAUGCCAUGCCCACACGUUCGGCCGGCGCCGGGCAGCGUGUACCUCCACGGGCCGGGCACGGACCCGGCGUCACGCACUGGCGGGACCGGCCGCUGCUUGUCCCUGUGCCCAGAGCAUGUGUCCCCUCCGCGUCCCGCUCCCGCCUCGGCCAGGCUGUGUAUAUAUAUCGCUGUUCUUGCUUAAAUGCUGGAAAGUAACUGUUAACAUGUAAACUGUACAAAAACAUAGGCUAAGAGUAGAUGAAAGCCAAUGCCACUCACCAAAUCUUUGCACUUAGUACGUAGCUCAAUGUAAAAAUAAAACCCAGUAAUAAUAAUAAGAAAUAAAAAACCCCGAGCCGCAAAGCUAACCUUUCCGUGUACAGUGGGGGAGAAGUACUGUAUGUAGUGAUUCCGUCAUUGUUCCUCCGUAUAAUGCUGUAAGGGGAAAUGGUGUUUAUGUACUUGUCUAUUAACAUUGUUGACAUUUGUAAUUACCACAAUUAGUUCAUAUUGCUGUUUAUUUUUCUUCAUGAUUUCCCCCCCCUUUCCUGCCUUAGGCUACCCCUGAGGUCGAUGCCUCUGUCGUUGCGGGCAGCAGAUGUUCAAACAGUCUGUCAGUCUGGGCAGUAAUGAACCAGCAAAUGUGCUUUUAGGGGGAGGGAAGAAACCCAUUUGGCACGAGAGCUGUGUAUUCAUUGCCAGUAAUUAGUAUUUUUUUUUUUCCAUUUAGUUCCUGGAGAACAUUCACUUUGCCAGUCUUCUGGUUUUUUUAUAUACUUUCAAAGAUGACUUGAUAGCAAAACCAUGUUUAUUAGCGUUUUUUUCCUCCCCUCUUACUUUUGAAGAUACGGUACAAGUUCCAGUGUCUUUCUAUUAAAUUAUUGCCUUUCGUUUUCCUUUGUUUUGUUUUGUUGUGGGUUUUUAAUACAAUUGUUUUCUUAUCUUUAAGUGCCUUUUUGAGCACCAGAACAAAUGCUUGGAGUUAAUGUCCUAGGAGCUGUACGCAUCAUGAUUUCCUUUGUACAGUUGCGUUGUGCUGGGGGUGAUUGCUUUUAAAGUCCUUUUUAAUUCUUUUUUUUUUUUUUUUUUUUAAGAAAAAAGAAAACCAACACGUUUUGUUGAAGAAUAAACUACCCCUUUUUAAUACGGUAUUCAAAUUGUAGUUUUAACUACUGUAAAUUUAAGGGAAGAAAUGUAUUUUUCUGUAAGCUGACUUGGCACAAAAUGGAAGCAUGUAUGUUGUAGGAGUACCAUAACUGGAACCUGCUCAUGUUUUAUGAGUAACUUUACCCUGAUCCUCGAUACCUCUCUAAAGGCGCAAAGACUGUAGCUGCAGAGCUCUCCGGUCACGGUGAGACCCGGCGCUGGGGUGUGGGGGGACGGCAACAGCCCCGGGGGCCAUGGCAGCGGCGAGGCUGGCGUCUUCCCAGAGCAGUUGUUUCUCUGCUGUGCAGAGCGAGGGCCGACCUCGGGCUCGGCUUCGGCAGGGACAGCUUGGUGCUCGCCCACCUUCCCCGGGGUGGCGAUGGCACCCGCGGCCAUCCUUCUCUGUCCAGGCCCUGCAGCGACGUGCCCCAGUGUGCCGGUCCCCGGGGUGGUGAGGACAGUGCACUUUCUUCCUUAGGCUGAAGUCCCCCUGGUAGGUGAUUUUUGUAAACCCCGGACUGUGUUAUUUAACUAGCAGUGUUGUGGUUUUCACGGUGUGGCAGUAGAUGUCCCGAGUCUGAUCUGCUUCCGAGUGGCUGGGCUGCGUAGUCUGGUGGGGAUGGGUUUGGUUACGCCGGGAAGCCGAAGGAAACCACCGGCUGGCUGCCCUUUGUAACGGUCCUCCUCCUCCUCUGGUGUUGUCUCUGUAACGUACGGUGAGAUGCCGUUCAGCUAGAGUGUCUGAGUGGGUCCUCUGUCAUGUAUGCUGACGAUGCCAUGUAGAUGAAGCCACUGGUUGGGUGUGGACUCAUCCCGUUGAAUAAAACUGCUUAACUUUUCUCAAAAA